GUGCCCUGGAACAGAUUGUCCAGAGAGGUUGUGGAGUCUCCCUCAUCGGAGAUACUCCAGAACUACUUGUAUGCAAUCCUUUGCCAUGUGCUCUGGGAUGACCCUGCUUGAGCAGGGAGGUUGGACCAGAUGACCCACUGUGGUCCCUUCCCGCCUGACCCACCCUGUGGUUGUGUGACGCAGACGCAGCCACCGCCGUGCCCCGGCCGGGCCGCAGGGCGGGCGCUGCCGCGGCCCCGCACCCACGUGAGCGCGGGGGCCGCCCCGCCGCGCCGGGCGGGGGCCGGGCCGCGGUUUGACCCUGUUCCGUGCCCGUACGGCGCGGCUGCGCGGCGGGCACAGCGCGGCCAUGGAGCGCAGCGGGGACACGGCCGUGUGGCGGCUCCGCGCCACCGCCGCACAGCGCGACCGCCGCCAGCCGCCGCCGCGGGAGGACGGGGAGCGCGGCGCGGGCGGCAAGAAGCGGGGCGGGCCGCGGCGGCGGCCGCUGCUGCCGCUGCCCGAGGCGCGGGGGGCGCCGCUGGUGCUGCUGUACCUGCUGGUGCUGCGGGCGCUGGCGCAGGUGUCGCACCGGCAGCUCCUGAGCAGCCCGCCCGCCGCCGCCGGGCCCCGCGACUUCAGCGCCGCCCGCGCCAGGGAAUACCUUGACAACAUAACAGCAAUUGGGCCCAGAACAGUUGGAAGUCCAGAAAAUGAAGUUCUUGCAGUUAACUACCUCUUAGAACAAAUUAGGGGAAUAGCAAGAGAAAGUACAGAUGCUCACAAGAUAUCUGUAGACAUACAGAGGCCCACAGGCUCCUUCAGCAUUGACUUUUUAGGAGGCUUUACUAGUUACUAUGCAAACAUAACCAAUGUUAUAGUGAAACUGGAACCUCGAAGUGGAGCUGAGCAUGCAGUAUUAUCCAAUUGCCACUUUGAUUCUGUACCAAAUACCCCUGGUGCCAGUGAUGAUGCUGUUAGCUGUGCAGUGAUGCUUGAAAUACUUAACACACUUUCAAAAUCAUCAGAGUCCCUGCAGCAUGCUGUCAUAUUCUUAUUUAAUGGUGCAGAAGAAAAUAUUUUGCAGGCUAGUCAUGGCUUCAUUACGCAACAUGAGUGGGCCAAGUCAAUCAGAGCUUUUAUUAACCUGGAGGCAGCAGGUGUAGGAGGAAAAGAACUUGUUUUUCAAACAGGACCUGAGAACCCUUGGUUGGUACAAGCAUACGUAGUUGCAGCCAAACAUCCCUUUGCCUCUGUGGUGGCACAGGAAAUAUUUCAGAGUGGUAUUAUCCCAGCGGAUACAGACUUCCGUAUCUACAGGGAUUUUGGCAAUGUUCCAGGAAUAGAUUUGGCUUUUAUUGAAAAUGGCUACAUUUAUCAUACAAAAUAUGACACAUCAGACAGAAUUUUAACAGAUUCCAUUCAGAGAGCAGGUGACAAUAUUCUAGCUGUCCUAAAAUACCUAGCAACAUCAGAAAAGUUGGCUAAAUCUUUUGAGUAUCGACAUGGAAAUGUUGUGUUCUUUGAUAUACUUGGUUUAUUUGUCCUGGCUUAUCCUGCUCGCAUUGGCACAAUCAUGAACUAUAUUACAGCAGCAAUUGCUUUUAUUUACUUAAGCAAAAAAGUAUUACAGUCAAAAACCAGAGCUAUUCAUAACCUGAAGAAAUUAUUUACUGCAUUUGGCUUGACACUGACGAGUUGGGUCUGCACACUGGUGGCCGUGCUUAUCGUGGCAGUGUUUGUCUCUGUCAUUGGACGGGCUCUUUCUUGGUACACCCAUUUCUAUGUUUCUGUGUCUCUCUAUGGCAGUGCAGCUGCAGCUAAGCUUAUUCUUGUGCAUAUGCUGGCCAAGAAGUUCUUCUACAAGAAUAUGAAUGAGCAGUACCUGGGAGAUAUUUUUUUUGAUGCUUCAUUGAUGAUUUGGUCUAUAGCAUUAGCUGUGAUGACUCAGAUGGGCCUUUGUUCAGCAUUCAUUUGUACAUUAUGGGUAGCAUUUCCUUUACUCACUAAGCUGAUGAUCCACAAGGAAUUCCACCAAAAAGGUGCCACAAUGAAGUUUAUUGUGAUGUACAUGCUGGGGAUGUUUGUUCCCUAUCUAUAUAUGCUGUAUCUUAGCUGGACUGUAUUUGAAAUGUUUACACCUGUCAUGGGACGAAGUGGUUCAGAAAUUCCACCAGAUAUGGUAUUGGCAGGAUUUAUUGUGGUCUUCACUAUGAUACUGUCAUCCUAUUUUGUUAACUUCAUUUACCUUGUCAAAAGUACAAAAACGACGCUAGUAACUUUAACUACUGUGUUUGUAGUCACUCUCAUUCUCGUUUGUAGUGGAAUCUUCUUUCCUUACAGUUCAGAUGCAGCUAAUCCAAAACCUAAGCGAGUCUUUCUCCAGCACACAAACAGAAGAUUUCAUGAUCUAGAUGGAAAUGUGGUUAAAAGUGAUGCUGGUAUAUGGAUUAAUGGAUUUGAUUAUAAUGGAAUAUCUCACAUAACUCCCCACGUACCUGAAAUUAAUGACACUAUUAGAACUCCAUGCGAGGAGCAGGCUCCCUUCUGUGGCCUUCCUUGGAUUCUGCCAGUGCAUUUCAUGUUCCGGAAAAACUGGUAUCUUCCUGCUCCAGAAAUUUUGCCAAGAAGCCCCAUUCAAUUUAAAGUUCUGUCCAAGGAGCUGAUGCCCUUGAACUCUGUGAGGUUAAGCUUUGAAGUAUCUGGCCCAAGUCACAUGUCUCUGUACGUUCGGCCACACGAAGGGUCGGCUCUGUCCAGCUGGUCUCUCGGGGAUGGCACACCGGUUGCUAGCAUAGGAGGAGACUACUUUGUGUUUUACUCCCAUGGGCUGCAGGCUGCACCCUGGCACUUCUGGGUAGAGCUGACGACCCCAGAAAAGCAUUCUGAUGGAAUAGUCUCCCUCGCCAUAGCAGCACAUUACUUUUUUGGGGAAGAUCAAAAGUCACCUCAACUCUAUGCCUUACUGGAGAGGUUUCCAAACUGGACGUUUUCUUCUGGUUGGUCCUGCACUUACGACCUUUUUGUCUUUUGACAGCAAUGCUGCAGGGCAAGUAGGGCUAUCUCUGAUGCAGAAAACAGUUGUGGCAAGCACUUUCUAACAAGAUGCCAGAGACUUCAACAAGAAUUUAAAGUACUUCAGCAACAAAUGGUGUUUCUUUGGCAGUUUGACUGUUUAAAGACUACUGCUCUCUUGGGGAUAUAUAUAAUGGUACUUGUGUCAAUGUGAAUGCAGUUCACCUUGGUUCUUCCACUGAAGUGGCAGUUUGACUAGUGGGUUUUUUAAAAUGAAAACUGCACUUAGUGGCAGCUGUAAUGGGAAGGCUUCAUGGAAUUAUUCUGAUGCUAUGUGAAAUAUAAGUGUACUUCACCUAUAUAUGGAGUAUCACCUACCAAUCCUAUCCGUCCUAUUCAACUCAGAUCUUCAGCUAAAAGAUGCUUGUUCCCUUGGUGGGGCGACAGAGGUGGCAAAGUCCUAAACAUUGCUUUUGUCACUGGAUGAAGUCACUGAAAGCUAAGCGCUUGUGCAGGUUGCAUUCCCACUCCUUAGCAAAUGCACAAUGCAGAAAAAUCAGUCCUAUGUGGAAUGUGGUAAUUAUCUGUCUAUCUGUCUGUCUGUCUAUCUGUCUAUGUAUCCAUCCAUCCAUCCAUCCAAAUUACAUGUUUCUGUUAAAAAACUUAGUUCCUACCAUUUUUUCUGUCUCCUCACUGUUACAGCUUGAGUGGGUAAGUUCGACCUAAUUAUCAUCUUGUGUUUUUGUUCCUAUUGGGAUCUUUCAGUCUCAGCACAUGAGCAUGUGACUUGCUCUUUCAUAUGUAAGUGCUCACUCCUUUAUGUGGAUGUCUUAUAAUUAAUCUACUCUAAAUUUAAAGUUACCUUCCAAUUUAUUAGAAUUGGCUUAUUUUGGUAUCUCCUCUGGAGAGACUUUCGGUAGUGUGACAUUAUUGCACUUUGCUAAUACCUUUAACUGUUUCUUAAAAUAAGGUUUGCUUUCCAUAAGGAAAAAUACCUAAAAGAGUAAUCUUAAAAAGAUGUCUAAUAUUUCUGGAUUUCUCUUAUUUUCACAGGAUGGGUUUUAUAAAUGACUAUGAGUGAUUUAGAGUAUCUUCCGAUUUUAAUUGACAAGCUUUGAAAUCAGAAGCUACUGACAUCUUUUUUUUUAUACCAGGUUUUUUGGGUUUUUUUAGUCGUUAAUAAUUAAUGGUAAUUUCUGAAAUUCAAAGAACUCUGUGUAUCUGAAGAAACUUACUUUCUUUUUCCAAACUAUAUAUAAAACAUUUGGCUACAUCAAUACCACACUACAAAUUUUACAGUGUUUUGUUCAUUGCAUGAGUAUUACCUAAUGUCAUGCAAAGCAGAUUUUGUGCAUGCAUCAUCAUUUCAAGUAAAAACAUGAUAGUACUGGUAAGUUUACAGGGCACAUGAAAGAAAACUAUGUGACGGUUAAUUUGUGUGAGCUGUGAUGGAUGACAGCUCUCCCGUUGGGUAUUUUUCCUUCAAAUUUUUCUGUAAUUGUGCAUGAUAGUGGCAACAACCAGUUUCAUUUGUUGCAAGGGACAUUCGCAAAGAUUGUCAACUGACUCAUGGACUAGAGUAAGAGGUUUAAUUACUGUAAUCAUAAUGAACUGGUUAUCACUAAAAACCAGUAGGUUUCUACAUUAAUGUGCAUUAAUCAUCACUCACUUGAUUGUAUCUGAUUUGAAACUACAAUCCCUAUAUUAUUUAAAAGUGCUAUUAGUGAUUUGAAAAUCAGAGUUAUGAACUAAAACUCUUGUGUCUUGAAUCUCAACAAAUGUCUUGUACUGUACUCUCUAGCUGAUGCACAGCUAUUUAACUAAGGCUGCACUGGUACUUACUGUCUUCCUCAGUUUUCAUUUUUGUGUUUUGCCUGAUUUAAAGCUUUGAAAUAGUGCUGUGUGAAGAAUUCAUACUGGGAGCCAAAAAUACAAAAAUGCCUGUUGGCAAUUUCUGAAACUUCAGUGAAGCAAUAACUUUUGCUGUCUCAGGAUUUAACCCUUCUUAAAUAAUUUAAUUAUGAGGUAUGUCUGGUUUGUUGCAAAUUUCUGUCUUUGUAAAUAAAAGCAAAACGUGAUUAGUGAAACUUGAUUUUUAGCAUGAUUAAAGGCAUAUUUGAGUUGUUCUUA